CCAUAAAAAGAAAGAGGGAAAGAGAACAUAGCAUAUCCUAUUGUAUAUAAUAUUUUUACAAAAUGGUUGAAGAAUUUGUCUCAAAAACUUUGGCACUUCUUGAAGAAGAGCGAAAUGCAGAAAUAAAAGAAAAUAGCUAUUUUUAUGAGAAACUUCCUCCAAAACAAUUAGAAAAGAAAGGAGUCUGCCUUCUAAAGCUGCACCUUGCUAGCCAGGCAUCUGGUUUUUAUGGUCGUAUGAUUGUUACACUUGAACCAUGGAUGAAGAAAGAACUACCAUCUCAUUCAUUUACACCAGGUGACAUUGUUCAGCUCAGUUUAAAUCAGAAAAAUGCUGCACAGUCUGAGAAUAUUGCAGUUGGUAUUGUUUCCAAGACCACCUCUAACAGUAUUUCAGUAGCAUUUGAUGAAUAUAAAGACAUAGAGACCAUGUCUUCUGAUGCUCAUUAUAAACUUCUCAAAAUUGCUAAUGAUGUGACUUAUAAGAGAUUAAAAAGUGCUGUAAGUGGAUUACAUAAAGCAGGAAAUGGAAGAGCCAGCGAUUUAUUGGAUAUUUUAUUUAAUCAUAAAUUCAUUCCUUCAGAAAAAUGUCAUGAUUUUACAUUUUACAAUACAAAUCUUGAUGAAUCUCAGAGAGAAGCUGUGAAAUUUGCAAUAAAUCAAAAGAAUAUCGCUAUAAUUCAUGGGCCACCUGGUACAGGAAAAACUACCACAGUUAUUGAGAUUUUGUUGCAAGCUGUCAAGCAGAAACAAAAGGUUCUUGUGUGUGCACCCUCUAAUAUUGCUGUGGAUAAUCUUGUGGACAGAUUAGCCCUGCUGAAACAGAAUAUUCUUCGUAUUGGUCAUCCAGCUCGUCAAUUGCCACAUCUACAAAAAUAUUGUUUAGAUGCAAUUCUUUCAUCAAGUGAUGGUGGAAAGCUAAUCAUGGAUGUCAAGAAGGAUUUGGAUAAAGCUUAUAAUCAACUCCUGAAAUCAAAUAAAGGUGGAGAAAAAUAUAAAUAUAGAGAAGAGAUAAAGGUCUUGCGAAAAGAACUUCAUCAAAGAACAUUACAGAGUAGCACUGAAAUCCUAAAGCGUGCUGAUAUUAUCCUAUCCACCUUAACAAGUGCAUCUGAUGAUGGACCCCUUAAAGAAUUGAAAUAUAAUUAUUUUGACAUGGUUAUCGUUGAUGAAUGUUCACAGGCAACUGAAGCUGCCUGUUGGAUACCAAUUCCUCGAGCUCCUAAAUGUGUUUUGGCUGGAGAUCACUGCCAGCUUCCACCUACUAUUAUAUCAAAGGAGGCAGCUAGUGCAGGUUUAGAGAUAACACUGAUGGAGAGAGUCUUGAAGGAAUAUGGAAAUAAAGUAAAGAAAAUGUUAGCCACUCAGUACCGAAUGCAUCAGCAUAUUAUGGAAUGGUCAUCGAAACAGCUGUAUGACAAUGAACUCAUUGCAGAUUCUUCUGUUAAAAAUCAUCUUCUGAAGGAUUUGGACAGAAUAGAAGAAAAUGAACUAACUACAGAACCACUAAUAUUGAUUGACACUGCUGGUUGUAAUCUGCCUGAACUGGAAGUUCCAGAAGAAAUAUCAAAGGGCAAUGAAGGGGAGGCUGAAAUUGUUAAUUACCAUGUAAGGAAGCUUAUAUCUAGUGGUCUUUCAGUUGAAGAAAUUGCAGUUAUUGCACCAUACAACCUUCAGGUUGAGUUACUGCGACUGAAAAUGAGUUCUGAUUAUCCAAAAUUGGAAAUAAAGUCAGUUGAUGGUUUCCAAGGCCGAGAGAAAGAAGCUGUUGUUAUUUCCUUAGUGAGGUCAAAUCAAAAAGGAGAUGUUGGUUUUCUAUCAGAAAGCAGACGUAUAAAUGUAGCGAUAACAAGAGCCCGCCGUCACUUAACUGUUGUUUGUGACAGUGAAACUAUGAGACAUGACAAAUUUCUGUCUUCGUUAAUGGAUCAUUUCUUCGAUAAAGGAUUUGUUUAUUCAGCAAAUCAGUAUUUAAAUGGUUUGUAUUCAUGCAAAAGGGGAGCUUGUGUCUUUGUUUCUUGUCUGCGAGGAUUGUGGCUCAUCUGCUCAUUAGUUUGGAUUACAGUCCUUACUUUUUACUAUUUCAGCAAAAUAUCUAAAGCCGACAAGGAUGCGAAACGACAUAAUGAGCUGCAUAAAACUCUCACAGAUUUCUCAAAAAACUCGGAGGAAACUGCGAAAAUUUUCCCAUCUACACUGAAUUCUUUUGAAAGAAUGUUGGUACAUGAAAUAGCCAACAAAUUGGGUUUGAUACAUAUCAGUGAAGGAGACGGCAAGGACAGACAAAUAAUUGUUAAAAAAUCAGAUGAUGAACAACAAGUAAUUAGCCAUAAUGAUACACUUGAAAAUAACCCUUCCAAAUACUUGGUUGAUAAUGAACCUGGAGAUAGCUGUACAGGAAUGUCUACUGUUUCUUCCUCUAACUGUGAUGAUGAUACAACAACAAACCAAGCAAUGUCUAUUGAUUCAAGUGAAUUGUUGGAUGAAUCACUACUUAUGACAGAAAAACAGGAUAAAAAAACGAAGAAAGUAAAGAAACAAAAUAAAUCAGUGCCGGUUUUUGAUUUUGAUAAACCUGCAGAGGACACUGAAAUUUGUUCUUAUUGUUUACGGCAAAUUUUAAAAAGCAAUUAUGACUUGCAUAUCCUUCAUUGUUCCAAGAGUAGAAAAACUAACACUAAGAAUUCUAAACCAACUCAAAAGACCAAAGUUAAAGCCAAAUCUGAUAAAAUGACAAAGGCUCUAAACAAUGUUGAUCCAGAUGACUUUGAUGCUUUAAUAUCAGCAGCUAUGGAAGUAAAUAAUAAAUGUAGUUUCCCUAAAUGUAAAGAAAAGACCCAUGUACUGCGUAUACACUGUGAAUUUUGCAGGCUUCAUUAUUGUAUAUCUCACAGCAUGCCAGAAAUUCAUGGCUGUGGAGCUGAGGCAAAAGUUCAAGCUCGUAAAAUAAUUUCUCGUGAUGGUGUAAUAUAUAGUGGAAGUGGUGUUCCUAGCAAAUUACCAAAUGCAGUUAAAAGCGCUCGUCUUCAAAGUAAGUUAGAUAAGAAGUUGACAGAAAUGUCAGACCAACGUAAACAAAAACAGAAGAAAAGCUAAUUUAUUUAUUUAAUUACAGGGAAAUUGUUGCUUUCUUGGUAUUCAACAUCUAAUGCUGGUUUAUUAAUAUGCAGCAGUGUCUUGGGAAAAAAACAAAAAAAGUUUUCAUUUUGUCAAUAAAUUGAUGAAGUUUGGUAAUAAAAAUAUAACUUCUGACUUUGGAUAAAUUAUCAAGUUUUUCAAUAUAAAACUUAUUUUAACUUAUUUUUGAUGAGUAAACAUAAAAUGCUUUGAAUAAAAAAUAUUUUGUUGAAAGAUAAAUAGGCAAUAAAAUUUGCACUGUAUAUGAAAUAAAAUUAUGCUAUCAUA